AGAGCUGUGGCCAGGCGAGUGGAGCUCAGGUGUAGUUAAUGUGUGUUACUGCUGCAUGUACAAGCAGUUGUGUUGUACACGCCGUCCUCUCGACUAACACGUCACAUUUUGUACGUUACGGUCCCCAAUGUACGAAAUACAAGGUACUGGGAAAAGCAACAGCGUUUUUCUACGCAUCGGUCAUUGAAUGCUUUAAAAAUGCUCAACUAUAUCGACGUGAACGUGUAUCCCACGAGCAGCCUCGAGAGAUGGUGGUGCUCUUUACAUGGCUUGGUGCCAAGCAGAAGUAUGCUCACAAGUAUGCAAAUUGCUGGACUCGACGAGGUCAUGAUGUCCUCCAUGUCACUACUUCUGUCAUGGACCUUCUUUUUCCCAAAAGUGGAGCAGAGGAAACAGCAUCACGGGUGGUGGACUUCUUGGGUAAAAAAGAUAACAAUGUGAUAGUCCAUGGUCUGAGCGUGGGCGGCUACCUCACUCAGAGGGUUCUUAUGGAUGCUCGCAACUCAACAGUGCAUAUUUCACAUCAAAUAUUUGACAGUUUCACAAAUUGUGUUGGCAUCGAGGCUGGAGUCCAAAAUGCUGUCCACCCUCGGUACCGGUCCCUGGCCAAGGCUGGUGUAAGGUUGUAUUGUAAAUGUGCAGAUCUAUCAAGUAUAAAUGAAGCACAAAAAUUUGCUUUAACUUCUCCAUGUAAUGCUCCAGCCAUGUUUAUUCACAGUAUGGCAGACCAAGUUUCUUUAUUCCCGGAUUUGGAACCAGUCAUAAGUGCUCAAGAGAAAGUUUCUCCAGUGACUACAUACAUGAUUCCUAAGGAACUACAAGUGCCACAUGUUACUAUUAUGCGGUUCCUUGGAGAACAUAAGUACAUGAGUUUAAUCGACAAUUUUGUAGAUAAAUACAGAGGAUUUGUUUCUUCAGGAAGUCAAAAAGAUGCAGCAUCUGUUCCUUCUGACAUUGCUUUGGAAUCAGAGAAAGUUAUACUUGCUUUGUAGACAAGCAUAUACAUAAAUAUAUAUAUAUAUAUAUAAAUGUGCAGUGCACUAAGGUGACAAGCAAAACCUUUACCCAGUAAUUGGCUGCUAACCAUUUUUGACUACCAAGCAGUGUUUGAAACACCUGGUAAAAAAAAGAUGACAUGUUUGAUUUGCUCUAAUAUUAGAAAGAGUAUAAUUAAUAUUUGUUUAUUCAUAAAUUUAAUGCCACUGCAAAUAAACUGAUGCAAUAUGGGGGCCAAUAUAUUUAGGUAUGUCUUGUUAUUAAUUAGCACAAGGAUAUUUUUUCUUCACAUUGAUUGCAAGCUUAGCUAUGCCAUAGUAGUUAAUCCUGAGAGGUUUAUACAAUGUAUUUAUGAAAUCAAAUGUGUAAUCAUUGGGAGAUACUGUAUGAUUGUUAUAUUUUACUGACCUGUUUUAGUUUAAAAAUCUUUUCCUAUUUCCUUCAAACAUGAUGCCAGUAUACAAGUGCAGGAUUUAAGGCUAUACACAAUUUUUGGGUUAUAGUGCCCUGCGCAUAACCAUUUUUUAAUUAUCUUUAAAGUUUUUAAGUGAUCCAGUGUUUCUUUCAGUCUUAACAGUCGGUAAACUACUUUGCUUGACAUUCAGAACAUAUGCUACUGU